UUUAACUCAUUUUAAUUUUAUUUUGUAACUCAACGUACUAUUUCACUGUAUAAAAGACGUAGGUAUCAUAAAACAAAAUGGUAACUAUGAAAGUGUUUGUUCUUAUUACAUUUUUUUCUUUGUCAUAUUCAAUUACCAACUUUAUGCCCAACCUACCAGUGGGAAAAUAUCAUAUAGUAUUCGAGAAAAUGUAUUCUUGCAAUUCAACAAAUUUAUUUCAAUUUAAUAUAUAUACUAAUAAAAAGGCAUCAAACAUAACUGAAAUGAAAGGAAAUAUAACAUCAUUAUCACUUUUGGAUGAUACAUAUAUACUUGAAUUUAACAUGGCAUCGUGGAGUUCUAUUGGAGGUUGGAAACCAAAUGCAGUGGUUUACAUAAAUAACAAAGCAUGUAGUGCUGGGAAAAACCUCUUAGGAAAUGCAUGGUAUUUAUUGAUGGAUUCUUUUAAAGUUCCCACAACUAGCUGUCCUCUUCCACCGGGAAAAUAUACAACUACAGGUAUUGACAUGCAAAAAAUUGAAGACAAUAAUUUUCCAAAGCUGUUUUUUUACGGAAAGUAUAAGGCAACUAUUAAGAUAAAAACAAUAAAUAAAAAAGUAGUUGGUUGCGGUAUAAUUGAAUUGAGUUUUUUAAGACCAUGGGAAAAACCGAUUUAA